GGCGCGGGAGAGGCGCGAGGAGGGGAAGCCGGAGCUCAAGCGGAAGCCGGAUGCGGAUUUGACGCCUCGCAACCAGUCUUCAUUGCAGUCAUGAAACCUGACGAAACACCUAUGUUUGACCCAAGUCUAUUGAAAGAGGUGGACUGGAGCCAGAAUACUGCAACAUUUUCUCCAGCCAUUUCCCCAACAUACCCAGGAGAUGGUUUGGUUUUGAGGCCUCUUUGUACUGCAGAUCUAAACAGAGGAUUUUUUAAGGUACUUGGUCAGCUGACAGAAACUGGAAUGGUCAGCCCUGAGCAAUUUAUGAGAUCAUUUGAGCACAUGAGGAAAUCAGGGGAUUAUUAUGUUACAGUUGUAGAAGAUGUCACUAUAGGGCAGAUUGUUGCUACAGCUACUCUGAUAAUAGAACAUAAGUUCAUCCAUUCAUGUGCAAAGAGAGGAAGAGUAGAAGAUGUUGUUGUGAGUGAUGAAUGCAGAGGAAAACAAUUGGGAAAACUGUUAUUGUCGACUCUUACUCUGCUAAGUAAAAAACUGAACUGUUACAAAAUUACCCUUGAAUGUCUUCCACAAAACGUUGGUUUCUAUAAAAAGUUUGGAUAUACCGUAUCUGAAGAAAACUACAUGUAUCACAGGUUUCUAAAGUAGUGAUACCAAGAAUCGUUUUUAGAAUGAAAACAAAGAAAUUUAUUGCAACUAGGCUAUUCUUUUAGAAAAUCAAAGUAUUUUAUUGCUACAAAACAAGUGACACCUCCCUUGCCCCCAUAAAAUAUUGGACAAAAAUUUUAGUCCACAAGUUUGGCGUAUUAGAAGAUUAAAUUGGAUUGGUGGAGCAUGCUGUGAUAACAGACUAUAAAUGAAUGUUAUGAAGGAGAUGACUUUUAACCAAAGGAAUAUAUUUUUAACUUGAAAUUUUUCCUGUAUUUUUCUAAAAUUGGGUUUUAUUUCUUUGUAGUCAAAGUGUAGAGUAUCUGUUUACUAUCUUAUUUGUUUAUUAUCUUACUUUUUAUUAAAAAGAAACAUUGUAUAAGAGAGUAUCCUGUAGUGUACAAAAUUGUUAGAUAACUAGUUUCUUUAAUUAUAAUAAAAAACAGACAUGGGUUUAAUUGCAAGCUGACUUCUUAAUAUUAAAUAAACUAGCCAUUGUAACUCAUCGAACACAGAUAUAUUUUGGGGAGGUAAUAAUAAUAAUGUUGGCAAACAUUAGAUUAUAGCUUUGUAAAAAAUUAAAAACCUUUCAUUUGAAGUAUUUUAAUUUGAUGAAAACCUAGUAAAUAUUUGGUGGGGGGAUGAAAUGAUGAGAUUCAAAGUAAGAAGUAGCUGUUUUACCUGUGAAAUUUAAUGUAGAUCAUUUUAUCCAACCAUGUCAAAUAUAAUUUGAUUUCCACUGAAUCUGGGCAUCUGUUUAUCUGAUAGAGGUACUUUAUGGCAAUUUCAAUUCCCCCUAAUUUUGAAAAACAGAUCUGUCUCAUAGCUUUUCACUGAUAGAUACAACAUUCUCAGCUACCCUUUUGAUGAAUAUUUUAUGGGAAAAUCACAUUGCUUUUGUUGCAUUCAUAAAAUUUGAUGGGGAUUUUCUCAGUGAUAACAUGCACUUUUUAGUGUUUGCUGUUUUCUGAUUUUAUUUUUAAUAUCAAAUAAAAACAUAAAAUUACUAUUCACAUGAAUAGUGAUUCUGUUGAAUAAAAUUGUAAAAUUUUUCAUAUGUUCCCUUCUAAUAAUUCUUGAACUUCUAGGUCCCUUGGGUAAUGGUCAGUGUUA